AUGGUUGCUCCCACGCCUGCUCUCUCGUCAAACGACGCGAAGGUCCUCUCUGCCCUCUUUGACCCCGAGUCUUCGCCCUCGGCCUCGAUCAAGGUGGUACCACAACCGCCGCAGAGCCUACCUCACAUAUCCGACUCGCUUCUCCCAACUCUGCAAGCUGCCGAGCGUUCAGCCAUUCUCCCGCUCAACACUCAAAAGCCCUCGCUCGACGACGCCAAUGCUGCGAUAAAAGCUCUCGGUGAGCUGAUUGAGCAACAUCCAACCUACGCAUCCGCCUAUGCAAACCGGGCGCAGGCGCUGCGAUUAAGAGUCGAGGAUGAGGACAGGAUGUUUGAGGAUGAGAACGCCGAUACAACCGAGGCGCUACUGGCGGACCUCGCAAGGGCAAUUGAGCUUGCAUCGCCCGCAUCACCACAAGACCCACUAUCACCACCCCAGGCACGGCUGCUAGCCACAGCACACACGCAUCGGGGUUACUUGCUUCUCAAGGCAGCCAAGGCAACUGGUGAAGCAAACCUACAGAGUGGGCCCAAGGAGCUUAGAGGGAGGGAUAAGGACAGCUUAGAGGAGAUGGCGAGCCGGGAGUUCUUCCUAGGAGGUCGGUACGGCGACAAAACGGCAAAGGAGUUGGCCGUCAGGACGAAUCCGUACGCGAAAAUGUGCGGCGCCAUCGUAAAGCAGGCCAUGAGGGAGGAGAUGGGCGACGCGCCCAGAAUUGACGUCGGAGGUAUAGGCGUGUAA